CAGAUUCAGUCACAAACAUCUUUUCUCAUAUUACUUCCGUCUGUGCAACUUUGAGCUACGAUGUCCGCUCUCCCUGCUCAAGCUCCCCCGAAUAUCCCUCAGGAAACAUAUACCGAGAUCACGUCCCUCCUCAGCCGCGCACGGGAUGCGUUGACUGAGCUCUCACUCCCCGAAUCCCUCCAGCUCGCGACACAAGCCUGUCAACUCCUUCCCAAUGCCUGUAUAUGGACGGCGCCACUCGACUUCCUGGGUGAAGUAAUGGUCGAAAACGGCGAUCUGGAUAGCGCGAGACGAGUUUUCGGGGAGAGCGUCAAGCGGAAUGGAGAGGGCUGGGAGAAAUAUUUAUGGCUGGGACAGUUGAGUGAGGAGGGUGGCAGGGAGGCUUUAGGGUGGUUCGAGCGCGGUGCUGCGGCGUUGACUUCACAACUCCAAUCCCUCGAUGCGCAAUCCGAGGGUGCGAAGGAGAAAGAGGACGAGUUGAGAGCGAAGUUGGCGAGUGCGUGGUGUGGGUGCGCAGAGUUGUAUAUGACUGAUCUGUGUAUGGAACCCGAGGCGGAGGAGCGGUGUGAAGCAUACACCGCACGCGCACUCGAAGCACAACCAGGAAACUCGGAGGCCCUACAAACGUUGGCGAGUAUGCGGUUGAGUCAACAACGUGAGGAGGACGCGCGGGCGGCGUUGAGGGAGAGUGUGGCGGGGUGGUUGCCUGAGGCCUCGAUCGAGGGUACAGGAGUUGUGCGGGCACCUGGGGCGGACUUGAGAGAACCCCCGGCGUAUCCUGCACGAAUCUCGUUGGUAAGGUUGUUGAUGGAGUCAAACCUCCUCGCACUCUCACUCGCAGUCCUCGAAUCCCUCCAGAAAGAAGACGACCAGAUCGUUGAUUUGUGGUACCUCUACGGCUGGUGUUACUUUCUCCAAGGCCAGCGUGCCGCAGAAAUUGGUGAUGAGGAGAAGAAGAGGGAGAGUUGGGAGGAUGCGAGGGAGUGUUUGGAGGUUUGUGGGAAGAUGUAUAAGCAACUUGAGUGGGAUGAUGCGGGGAUUCUGGAGCAUGUUGGGGAGUUGGUUGGGGUUAUUAAUGGGGAGGUGCCGGCUGUGGGGAAGGAGGAGGAGGAGGGAUGGGAUGAGGAGGAGGAGGAGGAGUGGGAGAGUGAGGAUGAGCAGAUGGAGGGGUAAAUCUGAAGAGGU